CUAAUGCUCAGAGGUGAUUGGGGCUCCUAAGUAAGAGAACUAGCCAGCAUUUUUCCUUUUAAUCACGUGACAGACUGAACUGGUAUUACUGGAAAAACAGCAGGAAAGAAGUUUCUAUUAUUGUUGUUAUAUUUCACAAAUGACUCAAGAUCUGUGCUGUGAGAACUCCACAACGAUAUGGUCUCAAAUGGUAGCAAAUAAAGUCAUUCAAGUUUGGAACAACAUAAGAAAUAAAAUAAGAAUAAGAAAUCGAAUUAAAUAAUAAACAUUUUUGAAUAGACUAAUAUUUGAACCCCAGCACAAUGGAUAUGCAAAGAAACCACCUUCAGAAAAGCAGCAGCAUGAAAGAAGAUUUCGGAAAACAAAAGCCAAAGAUUCUACCACGAAGACUAUCUCUACUUCAAAGAGGUUCUCCAAAGAGAUUCCGUCUACACACAGAGAGGAAAGAUCUUGAUGAAAAUGGAAAAGUUAGAAAAUGGAUUUAUAAUAAAAAAGGUGCUAGCAAACCAAACAAAAUCAUUCUGCUGGUGGGAGAGACUGGUGUUGGAAAGACAACUCUCAUCAACUCCAUGGUCAACUACUUAAAGGGAGUGAAGUUUGAGGAUGAAAUAUGGUACGAAAUCACAGAAGAGCAAAGCAGAGAUCAGUCAGAAUCACAAACCUCUGAAAUCACCAUGUAUGACGUCUGUCCUUUAAAGAGUCCCAUGUCUCUCACAAUCAUUGAUACUCCAGGCUACGGAGACACUAGAGGACUGGACAAAGAUCUGGAAGUUGCUGAGAAUAUAGCCACUCUGUUUCAGAGCAAUGAUGGAGUUCGUGAAGUCGACGCUGUGUGUUUCGUGAUUCAAGCGUCUAAGAAUCGUCUCUCAGAUCGACAGCAUUAUAUUAUCAGUUCAAUUCUGUCUUUGUUUGGGAAAGACAUUGUGGACAACAUUGUGUUUUUAAUCACACACUCUGAUGGUCUUCCACCCAAAAAUGUCAUCGGUGCCAUUAAAAAAGCUAAAAUCCCCUGCAGACGAGACGAAAACGGUGAUCCUGUUCAUUUUUUGUUCAACAAUCGACAGGCUGAAACCCGGCACACCAGAGAACGUCUUAUUCGAGCUCAAAGAGACGCCUGGGAAGACAGUGUGGAAGAGAUGAAGCAAUUUUUUCAGUCUCUGGAUAAAAUGAGCAGAAGAAGUUUAGAGUUGACUUCAGAUGUACUGAUCGAGCGCAUUCGAUUUGAAGCAUACAUCUGCAACUUACAGCUGCGAGUUCAAGAGAAAGAGCAGAAAAAGGCUGAAAAACUUCAGAUUCAGGAGGCAAUGAUGCAAAACAAGAACAAGAUUGAGGAACGCAGAAACUUUGCAAUUCAUUUAAAAAAGACAGUUAAGAUGAAGGUGCCCAUUGAGAGUGAAUCAUGGAAGAACAGGAAGGCAACAACUUGCACUGUCUGUCAAGAAAACUGUCAUGAGUUUGACUGCUGGUGGGUUUCUAAUCCCAGCAAAUGUGAAGUUAUGAAAAAAGGCUUCUGUACCGUGUGCUCAGGGAAGUGUCACCACAGCAAACACGUCAAAGAAAACAAGAUAUACGUCAUCAGAAACUCCAGCAUGCAGUUGGAAUUUGAUUCCAUAAAAAGUCAAUAUGAAGAUGUCCAAGAAGAAACCAAAACAUUUCUAAUUUUUAUGCAACAUAUUGAGAAAGAUCUCAAAGAGAUUGAGGACCAUAAGUCAAUUCUUCUGUCCGAAGCGUACCAGACCAUCAAGAACCUGUCUGAGAUUGCGUUAAAACCCGACUCUGCCUUCACUCUUCAACACCUGGACUUCUUCAUCCCCAGAGUGAGAGAAGCUGGGAAAGAAAACUGGGUCCUAGAGCUGGAGGAGAUGAGGAGAAACGCAGAAGCUGAAGCCAAUAAAGAUGCUCUCAGUUAUCUUAAAGCUGGUCUUGCAAAACUUUUUCAGACUGGUAAAUGAUUGAAACCAGACCUUUUAUAAACAAGAGG